CGAGGACAGAUCUAGUAGAUUGACAGGUUAAAGUUCAGUAUGGUUUUAAAGAAGGCAGCAGAUAUUGUGAAUGUGUUCAGGUAUCUUGCCAGUUUUCCACAAGUUACAUCGGCCACAUUCAGUAACGCCUGUUCCAACAUCAUCAACAGUUGCUGGUCACAGCGUGAUCUUGAACAGACCAAGAAAACCAGUUUUACAAGAACUCACUUUCUGCAAGCUGAGAAGGACGAGUUAAAGGUUGUGGCCACAUCAUCACCAGUCACCAUUGAGAAUGUGAUUUGGGACAAGGAGUCGCCUUCAGGAUCUCUCCGAGCUAUCGUGAAGAAACUGAAAAUCAAGAAAGACGAAGAAGAGAAACAAUUUAUUGAGAUUUGGUCUAAAGACAGGAAACUGAAAACGGUGGAUAUAAAAGUGCUGGAUAAACAUGGGGAAAUUUAUGAAAACGAUGGUGAAUUUGGCUCUAUGGAGUGGUCAGCAUCUGAAGGCCACCUUGUGUACAUCGCAGAGAAAAAACGACCCAAAACUGAGAGCUUCUUUGAGAUAAAGGAAGAAAAGGAAGAUGAGUAUAAAACAAAGGAUGAAGAAAAACCAGUACCAGGAGAUAAGUACAUGGUUCAUGAGGACUGGGGUGAGCAGCUGGUGGGCAAGUCGGUCCCGGCUGUCUGCAUUCUCGACGUGGACAGUGGAACAGUCAGCGUGAUGGAGAAUGUUCCUGAGGAUGUGUCGCCCGGACAGGCAGUGUGGGGUCCGGAUGAUGCUGGCAUCGUGUUUGUUGGAUUAGCACAUACACCAUUCAGACUGGGUCUAAAGUAUUGCUACAACAAGAGGAGUGUCGUUUACUACCUUGAUAUUCAGUCAGCCACAUGCACUGCGAUCAGUGAAGAGAGUGGCCGGGCAGUGCGAUCCCCGCGGUUUAGUCAUGACCUGUCCAAACUGGUGUACUUAGAAAAUCCAGCAGGGGGUGCCCAUGGGCAGUGUAGCAGACUCCAGAUGUAUGACUGGAAUACAAAGAAAACGGAAACCAUCAUUGAUUUUGUCAAUUCAGCCUCAGAAGAUGAGUUUCCUGGAAUAUUUACUUUUACUCUGCCUCCGCGUUGCUGGAUGUCCGACAAUAUACAUGUGGUUUUUGACACCUGCUGGCGAAGCAAACAGGUGGUGGUUGUUGUAAACACACAGACCAAAGAGAAGAAGCAGAUCAAAGUUGGUGCUCACAAAGGUUCAUCUGCAGUAGCUGACGUCUGUGAUAAUCGUAUCAUUGUUGUUUGUUCUGCACCAGACCAGCCAGGCUAUCUGAUGACUGGUGAGAUCUCAGCAGACGGCAGUGUAACAAAAUGGCUGCACCUUGAUGGUGAGCCGACAACACUUGAUGGCUUCACGUGGAAAAUAGUGAAACAUCAGCCCACUGCAGACAGAGUUCACAAACAAUAUCCUAAAUUAGACUAUGACAGCAUUCUGUUUCUACCUGCAUCGAGUGAUGGUCACAAAGAGUCCAAACCACCUCUCAUUGUCUUCCCUCAUGGUGGUCCCCAUUCGACCCAUGAUGCUGAGUUCUACCUGUACUCGGCUGGGUUCACUCUGUGCGGCUAUGCUGUGCUAAUGGUGAAUUACCGAGGGUCUGUGGGUUUUGGACAGGACAGUAUCUCCUCUCUACUGGGAACCAUUGGAGACCAAGAUGUCAAAGAUGUGAAAGCAGCAGCUGAGGACAUACAAAAAAUGGGUUGUGUUGAUGAAAACAAGUUAAUUAUGUUUGGCGGGUCCCAUGGAGGCUUUCUUACAACACAUUUGAUUGGUCAGUAUCCUGACACUUUCAAAGUAGCAGCAUGCAGAAAUCCUGUUGUCAAUCUGACAACUAUGUGGGGCACAAGUGACAUACUAGAUUGGUCAAUGGCAGAAAUUGGUAUAGAGUUUAGUUUCACACAGUUAGCGGAUGCUGAAGUAUUGAAGAUUCUGUGGAACAAAUCUCCAAUCAAACAUGUUGAUCAGGUGAAAACCCCGCUAAUGUUGAUGAUUGGGCUGGAUGAUCAACGCGUGCCGAAUAACCAAGCCAGGGAAUACCACCACGCUCUGAAAGCUAGAAACAAGACUGUCAGAUUUCUGGCUUACGAAGACAACUCCCAUCCAAUUAUUACUGUACCGGCCGAAUCAGAUUCUUUUGUCAACAUACUGCUGUGGUUCGGCAGCCAUAUUGGACUUUAAAGAGAGGAUCAAUCAUUGGUGAUCGGUACCAGUCGAUAGGUUGAUGUAUUCAAUACAGCAACUUUUUUUUAGUCAAUGUAUGAUGUAUGUGUAUAAGACAAAUAAUAAGCAGAUCCAUGCAAUAAAUUUAUCAUUGUUUUUCAUAA